UCCACUACCUUAUUUUAGUGUGCACUUCCUACAUUUCAGCCUCAACUCUUCAUUAUACUCAAAAGACGUACAAAUAUAUAUAUAACUUGAGUCUUGACAAGUAAUCCAUACAUUUAUUUCACCAAUCUUACAAAUUUCUCACCUUUCAUCAAAUUCCCUAUCAACUUCACACAUCUUACGACCUUGACUGAAAGACUUCCAAUUAGGUCAGUAUCACCGACAGAACCAAAAGAGCUCGUUGUGCGGGCUGCCACCCUUUGUGAUUGGGGAGACUAGAAGGGUCUGUCGAUUCUUUGUAGAAAAUUUCAGUAAGUCAUAAACUCAGGUCUACUCGUAAGAAAAUUCAGAACCUAAAAAUGAAGCGGCCAGGAACAUAUUCAGGUAUACUUUCGGGAGGAAUAUCAGGCAGAACUGGACCCCAUUUAUUGCCAUUGGCAAGAAUCAAGAAAAUCAUGAAAAAAUCAAGUGAUGAUGUGAAGAUGAUAACUGGAGAGGCUCCUAUUGUUUUCUCCAAGGCUUGUGAAUUGUUCAUAGAGGAAAUUACCAAAAGGGCCUGGAAUAUUACACUGCAAGGCAAGAGAAGAACCCUUUGCAAAGAAGAUGUUGCUUCUGCUGUUAUUACAACUGAUAUUUUUGAUUUUCUUGUUAAUCUUGUUUCGGAUUCUGCUAAAUCAGAGGAGUCUUAGAUCACAAUGAAGGCAUGAGGAAAUGCACUGCAUGUCCUUUCUUAACUUCUUUUUAUUUUUUGAUGAAGUUAAUAUAUAUUUACAAUUGUGUCGACAUGGAUUGGUGAA